AUGUAUAAAGAUCAUAAACAAAUUACGGCUGCUAACAAAAUUUGGACUGAGGCACAUUUACUUUGUUCAACUAUUAAUUCUACAUGGCAACUAGUUAAUCAAAACCAAGCAUUUACAGAUUUUACAAAUCAAGAACAUAUACAUGUUAAUGAUGAUAAUAAAAAACAAGUUUUUUGCCAAAAAGGCUUUUCAGUCAAAGAAGAAAAUACUUUUAAUAGCUUGCUCAAAGAUAUUCAUACCUUAAUUAAAAAUUUAAAUUCCUAUACCAAUACUUGUAAACUAAUUAUCUCUAGUCUACAAGACAAUAAUCAAGUUUAUAGACAAUCUAGUCUACAAAAUGGUAAUCAAGUUGAUGAACAAGAAUCUGUUAUAAUUAGUUCAAAUGAAUACUCAAUAGAUAUUGUGAAUGAUAAUCAAGAUUUAAUCUUGUAUAAAGCCUGA